GUGACAAUACGUUUUGCGUUUUAUAGACAGACGCGGAAAAAAGAGAGAAGAACGAUUGCCUCCCUUUGGCCCUUUUGCUUCUCUGGAAACGUCUCUCGAUGACCCGAUAGAUUAUCAUCGAUCGUGGAAAUUUCAGAUUCGGCGGCGGAUAAAGAAGAAAAAAACCCAACACCAAAUCAAAUCAAAGACAGAGCCUUGCGAAUUUCGUUACUCUCCGACUGAUUGAAUGAGAAACCCUCCUCCGUCUCUGCUCUCCCUCACCGUCAACGCCGCCGUCUUAAACCUCUCUCGCAUCAACGAUCUCUCGCACCUACCUGAUCACAUCAUCCUUGAUCUCUUUGAUAGGACAUUGAAAGCUGGGAAAUUGAACGAGAGGGUUCUGAGACUCUUCAUGGCAUCUGGAAACGAAGAAGUUCUUUCAAUUAUCGACGCUCUUAAAAUCAAAAUCGACAUAACUCCCAUUCUUCCUACUCGAUGUCAUGAGAAAUUUAGAAUGAACGGGACAAGACGCUAGUUGAAUGAUCAUGGCGAUGACCAAGAGUUUGGUUUAUGUGUCGAAAGGUCGGCUUUCUAAUUGCAUUUUCGGAUGUUUUAGGCAGAAACAUCCGAUCUAGACAAACUUCAGGAUACAUUGCCGUAUUAAAGUCCGUUUUUCUCUUCUUCUUCUUUUUGUGUGUAAAUAUUAAACGAAAUGGGUCAAUUAUAUAGAAAAGCUUCUUUCUUCAUGUAAAAUUUUGAUGCAAUCAUGGAAGCUUCUUGUUUGCUGCAGAGUUGUGUGUUUAUAUAAGUUUUCAACUUUGAUCGUUUAGUUAUCUCACAAUCUCGUUUUGAGAUCAACAACUAUUUGCAUUCUUGACAAGAGAGACUUGGAUUCUUGAGAGUUGUGAAUCAAGUAGCCAGAAUCAGC